UGUUUAGCGUGCUGGAACGCAGAUUUAGUUUAAGAAGGCACUUGGAAUUUUAGUAACAUGAAAGGAUCAAUAUGGCAGAAGGUUCAAAGUCGAUUAAUCUAGCGUCUCUUAGUUUAGAGCAAUUAGCGGAGGUUAUUAAGCAGCUUAAUACUGAGCUGGAAUACCUGUCAAGUUCAUAUGCUCAAUUAGGACGUGCACAUGUAAAAUUUCUUGGUUGCCUUCAUAGCAUAAAGGAAACAGUAAAGGCGGAAAAUGAAGAGAGAGAUAUGCUCGUUCCUCUUACAACUAGUCUCUAUGUGCCCGGCAAGCUAAAACUGGGCAACAGGAAAGUAUUGAUUGACAUUGGAACAGGAUACUUUGUAGAGAAGAGAGCUCCUGAUGCGAUCGAGUACUAUCAAAGAAAGUGCGAAUAUUUGAAAAACAGUAUUGAAAGCAUCAGCAGUGCCGUUGAAGCCAAGUCUUCUCAGAUUCGAGCUGUUCAAUCUGUCAUGCAACAAAAAGCUACUGAGCAAAGCACCAAAAACGCUUCGGCGUCAACUUAGUUUCAAUAGUAUGAUAGUCAUGAAAUUUAUUAUGAAAACUUGAUUUUUCAUGGAGGUUUGGCGUUAUGCAUAAAUGAAGAACGAUUAUGUCUCAA